AAUAGAAACCCUCAUCGAAGUGUUAAUCAUCAUCACUCACUAACUAGUAACUAGGUCAAACAAGGUAAAAUUGACAGAACACGGGUCUGUUAAACGACGUCGUUGUCAAAAUUCCGGCAAAGCAAGAGCUCCGGGAUGGAAACACGGCGGAGGAACGGCGGAAAGUGGCAAUACAUAUGGCCGAUGUGGACGACGCUACUGCUUCACCUCAUCGCCAUUCUUAUCUUCACCACCGGCUUCCUCCUCACCCGAACCGAGCUUCCUUAUCACAGCCACUGCUCCGACGACGUUUCACACUCCCCUUGCUUCUCUCCUUCUUCUUCUCACAACAAUGGAUCUUGCUGGACCAAACCUUCCAUCAACCGUCUCGUCGUCAUCGUUCUCGAUGCUAUCAGAUUUGAUUUCGUUGCUCCUAGCACCUUCUUCCCAGAAUCAAAAGCGUGGAUGGAUAAAUUGCCGGUUCUGAAGAAUGUGGCGGUUUCGCGUCCUUCCUCAGCUAGGAUUUUCAAAGCCAUUGCUGAUCCACCUACCACGAGUUUGCAGCGCUUGAAGGGCUUGAUGACAGGUGGACUUCCGACUUUUGUAGAUGUUGGUAAUAGCUUUGGUGCACCCGCUAUUGUUGAGGAUAACUUCAUAAAUCAGUUGGUUCAAAAUGGGAAGAAAGUUGUUAUGAUGGGGGAUGAUACAUGGACUCAGUUAUUUCCUCACCAUUUUGAAAGAUCAUAUCCGUACCCCUCUUUUAACGUCAAAGAUCUUGAUACGGUUGACAAUGGAUGCAUUGACCACUUAUUUCCAUCUCUAUAUGAAGAAGAUUGGGAUGUCCUUAUUGCACAUUUUCUUGGAGUGGAUCAUGCUGGACAUAUAUUUGGGGUCGACUCCACUCCGAUGAUAGAAAAGUUGGAACAGUACAAUACCCUUUUAGAGAGAGUUAUUGAAGUGCUGGAUAAUCAGUCUGCACCUGGGAACUUACAUGAAAAUACUUUGCUUGUGGUAUUGGGUGACCAUGGACAAACCCUUAAUGGUGAUCAUGGCGGCGGGAGUGCUGAAGAGGUGGAAACUGCCUUGUUUGCUAUGAGUUUUAAGGAGCCUCUUUCCUCUGUGCCACCAGAAUUUGUUUCUGCUUCUUGUCAACCAGACUUGGACGGGAAGAAUGUUUGUAUCAGCACCAUGCAACAGCUUGACUUUGCAGUAACGAUGUCAGCAUUGCUUGGCGUGCCUUUCCCUUAUGGAAGUAUUGGUCGCAUCAAUCCUGAACUAUACGCUUUAGGUAGUUGGAAUUUUGAUGCCUCUCAAGAGCUGUCAAAAUCAGAUCUUUGGAUGCAGAAUUAUGCUCAUGCACUGUGCAUAAAUUCUUGGCAGGUGAAGAGAUAUGUGGAUGCUUACUCAGUUUCAUCAGCUGUUGGAUUCUCCCAUGAUGACUUAUCCCAAAUUGCAAGUGCUUAUGCUCAAGCAGAGAAUUGGUUGCACUCUACCAAAAAGCUGCUGCUCGAUAGACACAUUGGCAGUGAUAAAAUAGUACCUGCACUUAUGAAGCAAAUGGAUGCAUACUUCAAUUUUCUUACAACAGUCGCUGAGUUAGCUCGGUCUAAAUGGACUGAGUUUGACUUGAACUUGAUGGGUGCUGGCAUUGGAGUCAUGUUAGUGUCGCUUAUAUUUCAAGUAUUUGCCAUUUUAAGGGUGAACAAGCAGCAUGGUGUAACUUCACCAUCACCUGGAAGUUCUUUGAUUACCAGUGCCUCAACUUUUACAUUCUUUUUACUGGGAAUACGUGCUUGUAGUUUCCUUUCAAACAGUUUUAUUUUGGAGGAAGGGAAAGUAGCAAAUUUUCUUUUGAGCACAUCUGGGAUUGUGGCAUUACGCCAUUCAAUCAUCAAGGAGAAGCUGCUAAUAGAAAGUAUUGGAUUUCUUAUUUUGAGCACCUUUUGUCGAUUUGCCGUUGAAGUUGGACUGUCCAAGCAAGCUGCCACAUCUGCUUUCAUGAAAGAUUACACUUCAUGGAUUGUCAAUACCUUAGAUUUACCUGUUUGGGACUAUGCAGCUAAAGUUGUACCAAUGCUAGUGCUGAUUCUGUUGGCAUUGUGGCUUUACAAGGUCACCAAGGGCAACUUCUUUGAUUGGCCAUGGAUGUAUGCGAUACUGGUUACUAUCUUGAGUUAUAUGCUAAUUAUUCUGCAUUGGAUCACAGAGAGUAAUGAAUAUGUUGCAGUGCUGAUACCUCAAAGCAUUGGAAGAAAUUAUAUCCCUAGAAUCAUUUAUAUUCUUGCUUCGGGACAGUUGUUAUUACUGGCAUUUGGUCGAAUAUUUAAGCACACCAGUUUAGAUUGCAAGAAAAACAUAGUUGCAAAAACAACGGCCAUGUUAUCUGCUUUGAGUUCUACUGUCAUUCUUCUUUCAGGAAAACAGGGUCCUGUGAUUGCUUUGGCAUCCAUAGUUGGAGGUUAUUGUAUUAUGAGGUUGGAUAAUAUAGUAGAACCUCGUAAGGAUGGAUCUCAUAGAAGUUUUGCUGUCAUGCAAUGGAGUCUCCUUGCCACAUGUCUCUUUUUCUGCAGCGGUCACUGGUGUGCUUUUGAUGGUCUCCGCUAUGGUGCUGCAUUUAUAGGGUUUGAAGAAUUUAAGCUUGUUCGCCAAGCAAUCCUCCUUACAAUAGAUACCUUUGGCUUUUCUAUCAUCCUUCCGGUAUUUGGACUCCCGUUUCUUGUAGCAACCAAGUAUCAAGCUAAUCUAGGAAAGCAUUUUCUUUUCACUAAGUUAUCGCAAAUUUAUACAACAUAUGGGCUCAUAACAGCAACUAUGACCACUUUCACGAUAGUAUGUGUUACAAUUCAAAGGCGGCACCUCAUGGUUUGGGGUUUAUUUGCUCCGAAGUUUGUCUUCGAUGUGUUUAAUCUCAUUCUUACAGACGUGUUGAUUUGUUUGGCCUCAAUUUACUAUUUCGAUGAAGCGAAGGUUGACCCCCAACUGAAAUCAUAAGGUUGCUGAAUAGACACAAACACACACACACACACUAGAAUGAUAUUUAUUUUAGUUUUGUUUUUACUUAGCUAAACUAUGUCAUAUGGGCUUCAAAUUUCACUUUGCAUUCCCCUCUACAGCAAAUUUUGUUCCUUAAUUUGGUGAUAUCCACUCUUAUAAACUGAUGUUUCAAUUCUUGACA